AGACACAGGAUGAACCCACUGAUACAAGACACAGCUAGCUAAACAUCUAUAAAAUGCCCAAAUUUGGGUCUACAAAAACAGUUCAAGUUGAAAAUUCUGACAGUGAUAGCACCAUGGUGGAAAAAUCAACUGCAAGAAAGAGCAAGGACAAGAUUGCAUCCUACAACAAAACUCCAAAAGUGGAUAGGAGUGAUGUGGGGAAGGAGAUGAAAGAAAAGUCUUCCAUGAAACGUAAACUUCCUUUUACUGUUAGCCCAUCCAGAAAUGAAGAUCGCAAUUCAGACACAGAGAAGGAAGGACCGGAGAAGAAGAAAGUGAAGAAGGAUGCUGGAAAUAAGAAAUCAACACCAGUUAGCAUUCUUUUUGGUUAUCCUCUGUCAGAGCGUAAACAGAUGGCACUUCUCAUGCAGAUGACUGCAAGGGACAACAGUCCAGAUUCCACAGUAAAUCAUUCGUUACAAACAACGCCAGCACAAAAGAAAACUCCGAGCUCCUCUUCCAGACAAAAGGACAAAGUUAACAAGAGAAAUGAACGAGGGGAAACUCCUCUACAUAUGGCAGCAAUUCGAGGGGAUGUUAAACAGGUUAAGGAGCUAAUCAGUUUAGGUGCAAAUGUGAAUGUAAAAGAUUUUGCAGGUUGGACACCACUGCAUGAAGCUUGUAAUGUUGGUUACUAUGAUGUUGCUAAAGUCCUGAUAGCAGCGGGAGCUGACGUGAACACACAGGGUUUGGAUGAUGAUACACCGCUUCAUGAUUCUGCUAGUAGUGGGCAUAGAAAUAUUGUGAAGCUGUUGCUUCGACAUGGUGGAAAUCCAUUUCAAGCCAAUAAGCAUGGGGAGAGACCUGUGGAUGUUGCUGAAACUGAAGAGUUGGAAAUGCUGUUGAAAAGGGAGGUGCCCAUCUCUGAUGACGAGGACAGUUGCUCAGAUUCUGAAGAAGCUCCAUCUGUAAAUCCUUCCAGUGUAGAGGGAAAUGUUGAUUCAGAAGCAGAAAAGGACUGUGUGGCCAAUGACAGCAAACAAACAGUCCCUAGCAAGGCACCACUUCCAUCUGCUCUUGAUGAGUAUGAGUUUAAAGAUGAGGAUGAAGAUGAAAUGAAAAAAAUGAUUGAUGACAGACAUAUUCUUAGAAAAGACCUAAGGAAAGAGGAUGAGACUGAAGUUGAGAAGAACAGCUUAUUUGUGAAACAAGAAAAAGUUGUCUUUUCUAAAUCAUUUAAAAGCAAAAAGCAGAAGUCAUCUAGAGUUCUGUAUUCAAGUUCUGAAAGUUCAGAUGAAGAAAUACUUCAGGACAAGAAGAUAGUCUCUCCUUGCUCUUUUUCAGAGACAUCAAAUUCUGAUGUAAGAGUGAAGAAAGAAUAUAUGGUUACAAAUGAACACAAGCAAAAAGGCAAAGUUAAAAGGAAAGUAAAAAAUCAGAGCAAAAAUAAAGAGAAUCAAGAACUCAAGCAAGAAAAAGAAAAUGCUAGAGUAACAAAUAUAGCUACUUCUGGGUUAGAUUCUUUAGAUAAAACUAGAGAGGAAGAAACAUUUAAGAAGUCUUUCACCACAAAAGAAGAUUCUUCUUUACAUCUGUUUCAUAUCACUGCUGGCAAGUCCCCGAAGCAUCCCUGUGGAUUAAGUGAAAAGCAGUCAACACCAUUAAAGCAAGAAAACACCAAAACUUGCUUAUCACCAGGAGGUUCUGAAAUAACAUUGCAAUCCGAAUUAGUUCGGUAUGAUCACAACACUGAUUCUGAAUAUCUAGUAGAAAGUUCUAGUGGCAAAUCUUGCAAGCACAAAGAAAAAAGCAAGCAUCAUCAGAAAGAUUUUCACUUAGAAUUUGGUGAAAAAUCUAGUCCUAAAAUUAAAGAGGAAGAUAAUAGCUCAACAUUUGAGAAUACAGAGUAUACUCUGAAAAAGAUUGAUAAGGAAGGUAAAACACUUAAAAAGCAUAAAUUAAGGCACAAAGAAAGAGAAAAGGAGAAGCACAAAAAAGAACAGGAUGGGGAAAAGGAAAAACAUAAACAUAAUGUUAAAGAGGUUCAGAGAAGUAUUGAGUUUGACAGAGAAUUUUGGAAAGAGAACUUUUUCAAAAGUGAUGAAAAUGAAGAUACAUUGUUAAACGUAGAACAUGAAUCUCUUUCUUCAGAUAGAAAAUCAAAGCUAGAAAAAGCUGUGGGAAAAGAUGAUAAGUUAGUUAAGGAGAGACACUUCCAGAAAGAGAGAAAUGCUAAAGAGGAGAGGGAGAAAGAGAAGAACAAAAAGGAAAAUGAGAAGUUUCUCAAGGAUGAAAAAAUAAAAGAUACAAAAGAAGAAAAAGAAAUCGUGCUUGCAGAUAAAGAAAUUGAAUUGUUCUGCUUUGGUGUUAAAGAUGAGGCAGCCAGCAUGCAUUUAAUAGAAAAAGAAACAGAUACUGAAAAGCAGGAAAAGAAUUUAAAGGAAAAUAAAGAAAAGACUGAAAAGCGAACUUCAGCCAAAGAAAAAGAUGUUGAGAAGAUAGAAAGAAAAAAUGGAGAAAAAGAGAAAAAGGUAAAACAUGAAUACAGGAUAGAGAAAGAAAAAACUGAAGUAAAUGAAAAUAUAGAGAAAGUAAAGGAAAAGCCGAAUUUCCAGCAAGCAGAAAAAUGCUAUAAGGAAAAUGAUAAAAUUAAAGGCACAGGUGCUGUUAAAAAACUUGAUGACAAAGAAAGAAAUAAAGAAAAAACUGAUAAAAAGCAUGAUAAAGAAAAGGCUGAUAAAGAGAGGCAUUGGGCUGAAAGCAAAGAGAAACACUGUACUGAAAGAAAAGUCAAACAGUCUGAAAAAGAAUCUGAAUAUACUAAAUCAGAAAAAAAUAGAAAUAAAGACAAAGAACUUGAAAAAAAAGACAAAUCCAAAGACAAGGAGAUCUCAACAGCAGCAAACUCAAAACAUGUGCAAGAGGAAAGGAGGUGCAAUAUUACAGAAAGUAAUAAAACAGUGCAUGACAAACUGUCAUCUUUGAAAGAAAAACCAAAAGAUGAUUUACUGAAAACUCCAGAUGGUAGAGAGAAAGAUAAAAAAGAUAAAGAUAUAGACCGAUACAAAGAGAGAGACAAGCAUAAAGAUAAACUGCAUCAAAGUAGUUUACCUAAACUGAAACCUGAACAUGAGAAACUAAAGGCUAAACCAGCUCCUGCACCAAAGGAUGUUCGACCUAAAGAAAAAAGAUUAGUCAAUGAUGACUUAAUGCAAACUAGUUUUGAAAGAAUGCUUAGCCUUAAAGAUCUGGAAAUAGAGCAGUGGCAUAGAAAACAUAAAGAAAAAAUAAAACAGAAAGAGAAGGAACGUUUAAGAAACCGCACUUGUUUAGAACUUAACAAAAUGAAAGAAAAACCAAAACACUCAUUAGCUGAAGUAAAAAGCAAAGAACUGAUUCGUUCGAAAAGCUCAGAGUUGCCAGAUGUUUGUAUGAAGGAAAAACACCAGAAAGAUGCUACAAGUAAUAGAUCGCUAUCAGUAGAUACAAGAAGUGUCAAUGUUAUGAAGCCUUCAUCGGUUUUAGAUAAUUUAAAUAGAUCCCCCAAAUCAGAAAGUGAAAAGACAGGUCUGAGCUCCAGAUCGGUGUCCAUGGUUUCAGUUGCAAGCUCUGAGGAUUCUUGUCAUACCACAGUAACUACUCCAAGGCCUGUAAUCGAAUAUGAUUCAGACUUCAUGCUAGAAGGUUCUGAUUCCCAAAUGUCUUUUUCACAAUCACCAUUUUUGGCAAGUGCCAAAUCACCAGCCCUUCUUGAAAAAGAGACUGAUGGUCUUGCUGAGUUGCCAGAUCGCAUUAAGCCACCUUUCGCAAACAGGCUUCCACCAGCGUACAUUAGAUCAGCAUCUGUUGAAGAUGUUAAACUGGUUUUAAAUGAGUGUAGACCUGUUGUAGAGGUUCGAAGAUGCAGCAUGCCUGCUGCUGUUUCUGAACACAGCAAACAGCCUCAAAUGUCAGAAGAAAAUAAUCAGGAUGCUCUGCUGUCAGUUCAGACUUCUGCUAACACUUCUCCUAAACCAGAACUUCCGUGUAGCAUGCUUGAAAGAGAUUUUCAAAGUAGUAUGUCUGGUUUGCAGUUAGCAGGUGCAAGUACCAUUAAAAAUAUUGCUCAGAUGAGCCCUUCAGAAGACUAUAAUGUGCAUUUAGCGCCAUGUAGUCAAAGUGGUGUGACUCAGCAAACCAAACCGUGGGAUGUGCCUUUUGACAGACUUAAUUCAUUAAACAGUGAGUUUAACAGCUCAGGUUAUGGUGUAUCAGAGCAAGAUACUAACAAUGUUACAGCAACACAUAAUUCUGAAAACAGGACAUUAAAAGAGCAACAAGUAUCUGAAUGUUUGCCUCAGCAUGCUGAAAUUAAAGCAAGUUCCAGUACUCAAGGAUCUGCAUCAUUUGUGCCUUCACAGUCACCUUGUUCUUUACCUGUCCAGCCACUCCCAGAUGUGUCUAAACACAUUUCUUUACCAGGCGUUAGCAGUCAAGAUUCAUCAUUUGUACAACAACAAAAUCUAGUUCAAACUACAACUUCUACUUUGAACAUGGAUGCUACUAGUAGCAAAGAGCUGGAAAAUGCUCUUUUCAUUAAGAAGGCUGAGGCACCCAUUGCUGUAUAUUCUGAGAGUUCUGCGAAGGAUAUUUCACAGAGCUAUGAAAGGGUGAAUGAUUUACCUGCAGUACCAGUAGAAAAAGAUAUUCCUGAAAGUGAUAGCAGUUCACAAUUAAGUGUAAAUUUGUACACAUUCAGUAAAGUUGUUUGUAAGAACGUUCAGAGUGAUGUGGAUAGUAACACAGCAGAUACUUCAGACAUUAGAAAUGAAAAAGGCCAACAAGAAAAGUUGGUUUCAGUGCAUGUUGCUGAUAAUAAAGCUGACGUUGAUCUCUGUGAAAUAAAUUUGGGAAUGUCAAAGGGAAUUAUGAAUGAAUCAGCUAAUAAAAAACCCUGCACUGCAGACAGAGAAAAUGUGUUGACAGAUGAUGCACCACAGUAUUCCUCUUUAUCUAAUUUGGAAAAUAGUUCACAACAGAUUACACAGGAGGAGGUGCAUAAAUACAGCCAAACAGUUAAACUAGAAGAAGAAAUUGCCGAGGAUCAGAAGGUGGAACAACAAGAAGUACCUCAACGAAUCACGAGGAACAGAGCAAAUAUGCUUGCUAACCAGGGUAAGCAGAAUCCUCUUGGCUGCACACAGGCAUCAGAAAAAGAAUCUGAAUCAUCAGCGUCUAUGAAAGCAAGGAUUAGAUUAACUGAAGAGGAUGAUGCUCAGGUACAUCAUCCACGUAAAAGAAAGGUGUCACGUGUGCCUCAGCCUGUGCAAGUGAGCCCUUCUUUACUGCAGGCUAAGGAGAAAACCCAGCAGUCCCUGGCAGCUAUUGUUGAUUCUUUGAAACUUGAAGAGAUUCAGCCAUACAGUUCUGAGAGAGCAAACCCGUAUUUUGAAUAUUUGCACAUAAGAAAAAAAAUAGAAGAGAAGCGUAAAUUACUGUGCAGUGUAAUUCCUCAGGCGCCUCAAUAUUAUGAUGAAUAUGUGACCUUCAAUGGCUCAUACCUACUGGAUGGCAAUCCCUUGAGCAAGAUAUGCAUCCCAACU